AUGUUUUCAAUGAAAUUUGCAGUUGUUAUUCUUUCCGUCUUCAUACUUAGUAAAUUUGUUUAUGGAAGUGGAAGCAUGGAAUCCCAAUUUCUAAAUAAAGUGAGGCAGUUACAUGCAUGUUUCAAGGAAAUAGGUCAACAAUUAAGAGAUGAAGCUACAGCCGAGCAGAAUCUCAUGGAACGUUUUAAAAAAAAUCGAACAGAAGUAACACUACUCGUCAACGACCAAUACCGUGAGUGGCUCACUGCCUAA